AUGAAAGUUGCUUGGUUAUACGCCGAUGUGCUUCGUUGGAACGACAUUAGCGAUGUCGGCCAGCGACACGGCCACUACGAAUAUGAGUUUUACUCCAACAAUGAUGAACUACAUAGUCCAACAUACACAAAUGCAUCAAAUGAUAUAUGGAAUUUUUAUGAACGUUCCAUUUUAAUUUGGAAUAAGCGGGAUGAAAAGGAGAAAAAACAUCACGAAAGCAAAUUACAGGAAGCGAAAGAAACUAAAAUGCGGGACGGGUCGCUCGGGCUUGAACUAUAA